AUGGACUCGAUACCAGGCGAUCAAUGGAUCACUGAGUACGCUCGAUGGCUGCGAGUCCACGAAGCUCAGCUCGGCGACGUCGCAGCCUCUGCCGCUGCUGUCAAACGCAACGCCUCCUCCUCCUCCUCCUCCUCCAAGUACAUUCGCAACGCACCACCACCACCAUCAGCAGCACCGUCCACUUCGACCCUCUCAUCCACCUUCUGGAACGUCGUCACCCUCGGUACCAGUACCCCCACCACCUCCGGCAGCACCCCGACUCCGCGACCUAUGCUGCUCCGCCAAAACCCUCACAAUCUCUACUACCUUGUCAUCCGAUUCGAAGCUCUCGGUCUCCCCAUCGGCUCUCUCGACACUCCUAUCCCCGUCGCAGCUCGGCCGAUCUCCUACUUCUCCUUCGUCGCCGCCUCCUCCAUGACGAACAAAGACGGUGAUGAUACAAUGUCGAUGUCCUCGAUGCGAAGUCGCAUUUCCGUCGUAUCCUCCUCCCUCUCCUCUUCCCUAUCCUGGUUCGCUUCCAGCGCCAAACCAGAUCCGAGCAGAGACGUCAAGUACAUCUACUCCUGUUUCACCAAGAUCCCGAGCUUACGGCUGGGUCCGAUACCAGCGAGAAAGUUGAUCGACGAUUUUCAAGAUUGUCCGGGACAAAGGGCAGUUCCGUUGGACGUGUUCAAGAAUUUGCAAGUGCUCCAGUUGGACGAUGUCGAUCCGAGAACGUUGAUCGGAUGGGAUAGGGUCAGUGCAGGCUUGAGGAGUUUCAGCUGUAAGAAGAGUGGAGUGGAGGAUGUGACUGAUUUGUUGGUGGAUUUGGUGGUUGUUGAUCAUAGACGGAGGAAGGGGGAGAAGGUCGACUUGAAAAAGUUGCGAAAGGUGGUAGGUGGCGAGCAAGAUCUCUCUGCUUCUGACCUCGCUGAUACUGAUGCUUCUAACACUGAUACAGAGGAGCCUCCUUCUACCACCACAGGCACGACUAGCCAAGAAGCAUCUGCCUCACUGGUCAACCAACUGCCUUCACUAGCAUGGCAUUUCCUCCGCCACCUCAACCUUUCCUGCAACAAUCUCACCUUGAUCCCUUGCGAACCUCUCCGCCCACUGACAGCACUAACACAUCUCGAUCUAAGCUCGAACCUCUUCAACGCCGUGCCAGCCUCGCUCAUCCAUCUGCCAUCGCUCACGUCGCUCAACAUCAGCGAUAACCUCAUAGACUCGGUCCUUGGCAUCUACGACACGCUUCCCUCUAUUCGAGUUCUCAAUCUUGCCAAAAACAGACUCGAAUCACUCUGCGGCCUGGAAAGACUCUACACACUUGAACGAAUCGAUCUUCGCUCCAACGCGAUCUACGAAGUUGGAGAAGUGGGAAGGCUAGCUCCGCUACCAGAAGUGAAACAAGUCUGGGUCAACGAGAAUCCUUUCGUGGAGGAAGACGUAGAUUGGAGAGUGCAAGUGUUUUGUGAAUUUGUCAAGGAGGCGAGAUGGGUUGUGUUGGAUGGCAAAGAGCUUGGCUAUUGGGAGAAACAGAGGGUUUUUCAACGUGUGCCCGGGGCUGAGGCGCUGAUGAAAGGUGCGCCGAGUCGAGUGGUAGAUACAUCUAACAAGAACGAUAAGAGUAUGACGAGAGGAGCGGAGGAAGAAGCGCAGUUAGCAAAAGAUGCUGCUACAACAACAACCAACAGUGUUGUUGUCGUUAAGAAGCAUCAUGCGCCCGCAAAGGAUGCGGGAAGGGGGAGAAGCGAGUUGUUCUCACCUCCUUCUCAAACCAGUGACGAGGCAUCUAGAUCAGAUUCAAAAACAAGAACCGAACUCGCAAAGAGGAGGAACCAUAGAAUAGUACAACUCGACGCCUCUAUCGCCACUCGCCAGCCUAAAGAAGCAAAAUCGAGCUCGAAUCCGAUGGACAACGCCAAGUUGACUUGGUCUCGUAGAGCAGGUGCAAGUGUCGCACAGUUAGCUUCGGACGAUGUGGAAGAAGAAGCAGCAAAUGUACGACAACGCAUAGCAAGACCAGGCACAGGCUCCAGUGCUGCCUUGGCACGUCGUUCCCGCGUCACCACUAGUUUAUACGACCCCGACUUGACACCCCAACCACCACGCACCUCGUCUACGUUGGGCGGGUUGAGGGAAGAACAUGUUUCCACAACACCGCAACCUUCUACCAAAGAGCAUGUGGGUGGGGUAGAGGGUGUAAGUAGCGGAAAACCGGAUGAGUUGAGGAAAAGAAUAGAAGCAUUAAAGUCAGAAGUGGGAGAUGACUGGUUGAGGAUUUUAGCCAGAGGCGGUGGUGCAGAUGGAGGCAAUAGGGACUCGAUUGCGUUGUCUACUAGUGUAAGGGGGGAGCAGCGAGGGGAAGCAGCGAGGGGAAGCAGCAAGGGGAAGCAGAAAGAAAGGGCGAGCGGGAAGAGAGGGUGA